GCCUUUUAUUUUACUUUAGCGUAUUAGGUGCAAAACAGAACGUACAUUUUACGUCACCAAUGCGACACAUGAUAAAUAUGAAUGGGAUGGCGCUUUCAAACAGAUGAUUUGGUGACUUUUUGUGGCAAAAUUCCCUAAAUUUGUACACAUUUUCGUAUUUACUUGGAGGGAAUAAUGUGCGGGAUUUGAUUAGGACUGGGUAUAAAUUAAAUCGUGAAAAUGUCUAGACAAAGUAUUCUUCAACCAGUGGAUGUUAAUAUUGGUAGAUCGCCUAGCAGGAAACGUGCAAGAUAUGACGAGGAAGCGUUCGGGGGUAAUAGCUGGAGCUUAAAUAAGAGCGAUGUAAUUUUACACGAAAUAUUUGAUCAUGGUGUCGGUAGGUUGGAUUGUGAUACUGAGGAAGUGCUAAGCGAUGACGACACUAUUUUCAACAAAGAGGAACCAAGGGCUAUUGACGUGUCCUGCGUUUCAAUGUCUCCUUCCUCCAAAGUCAAACAAUUAGCCAUACUUGAGUCAACCUUAACCAAAGAAGCAUUAGAUAAACUAACUUUAGGAGAAUGGGAUAAUCUUUUAGUCAAUAAACCCAUGAUGAGACCUACAGACAAAACCAAUUACUUUAACUCCCUAUCAGAUGAAGUGGUCCUGCACAUACUGAGGUGGUUACCUCGAGCUCACCUCCGCGAAAUAUCUCUAGUGUCGCGUAGAUUUUAUCGAUUAACUCACGACGACAGCCUGUGGACCCGCAUGGACAUGUCCAACAAAACUUUGGCGCCCGGAGUAUUCGGCACCAUACUCGCCAAGCAAGUGGUCGUACUCAGGCUGGCCAAAACAAAAAUUUGCGAUCCUCCGAUAAAUCCUACGUGUACCUUGUCCAGCAACGAUUUUCAAUGUAGAAUGGUCUACUUGGACUUGAGUAUGGCUUACAUCUCCACCGAAACUCUGGCGGUACUUUUCGGGAAGUGCAGGCGUUUGAAGAAAUUAAGUUUGGAGAACGUGCCUGUGGACGACGACGUCCUGCGGGCGCUAUCGGGGAACAAAGACAUCGAGGUCAUUAAUUUUGCCAUGAGCACUGGCAUUCAGGAGGAAGGGCUGAAAUAUUUAGUUAACAAUUGUAGAAGGGUGAGGGAAUUAAACGUAGCUUGGACCUACUUGAACAGCAAAAGUAUUCAAUAUUUGUGCGAGAAUUUACCGUCCUCUAUGGAUAGGCUUAACUUUUCAGGAUGCAGGAAAUUAUUGAAUGAUAAAAAUGUGUCAGAUUUAGUGUCCAGUUGCCCAAGACUGAGAGAAUUAGACUUAUCAGAUUGUACCAUAAUAACCGGGGAAAGUGUAAGAAAAAUUGCAAUUCUGGAGGAUUUACAUUUUUUGGCUUUAUCCAGAUGUUACUCAAUACCAUACAAGUCAUUACUGCAUCUGAAGAAGAGCUCAAAUCUCUCGUACCUGGACGUGCACGGGUACAUGGAUAGGGCCGAGUUGCGGCAAAUCGGGGACGGGUUGGGGCCGCAGGUGCAGUUAAACAAGUUCGUAUUCAGCUCGGUGGCGAGACCGACGGUGGGCUUGAGGAGGACCAGUAUUUGGAACAUGCGCGUUAGAGAUUGACUUUGAUCGAUGGAGGAUGUAACUUAAUAAUUUAGUUAACGAAAAUUGUGAUGUUAUUUUAAGUUUGUUACGGUUAAGUGAUAACGACUGCGUUCGUCCAUAUGGGUAUUUGUAUUUUUGGUUACUUGUCCGCUUCUCCUCACUGCCAUGUGUCAUACUUAAAAACAGAUUAUUUAUGAAAGUUUAUUUAUUAAGAACUAUACAUGUUUUUUUAAUGGGUUUACUUAUUAUAGUAACAAUGAAU